CAGAGCAGCAGGAGCAGCCGCAGGAGCAUUAACAAAAGCGCAACCGCCCCUACCGCUGCCGCCACCCCCGUCAAAAGCCAAGCUGUUUGGCACGCGCUCAAACUCGUCGAAAGAAAAGCUCGAAGGCAUCGGAGCGCCGCUGUCAGCCCCACCAUCCAACGCGAGUCUGUCAUCGCUUCUCCCCUCGAGAAUAGCGCCAAGAGGUACCGGCGCAAGCUUGAGCGUCGGGGUGGUGGCCGCCUCAGGAGCGGAACCCGGUGGGCCACCGGCCAAAACACAUCACAGUGGCGCUGGGGCCUCCUCGUCGUCCUCAACAGGAGGCAAGGGGGGCAAGGGCAAUGGCUGGCUCAGGCAACCGCACCCGAACCCCCAGCCGCCGCUGGCGGCCCAAUCGGUUCCCACCACGUCUGCUCCGUGCUCGACUUCGUCUCCACCUGCUUCUGUGACGUGCAGAUCGCCAUCACCACCUCGGCUCGACAACGUGGAUACGGGGGUCGGGCUUGGGAAUGCUGGCGGGCAGACGCUGUCGCGCAAAAAGUCGAGCGCGUCCCUGCUCUACCGCAGUGUCGGGAGAGGACUGGGGCGCGCCGCCAGUGUCAUGCGACGCAACAACACAGCUCCAGAACCAAUGCCCACGACACUGGCAUCAUCGACAUCCACCAACAACGUGGGCAACGUCCCUCCACGCAGCACGGAGCCGGGCGGAUCACGGCAUCAUCCUAAUGGCACUUGGUCCUCCCGGCGGACCCGUCGAAACCCAAGCGUCGGCUUGGCCGAGCUAUGCGAGGAUACCCCAAUGCCCGUGAUCGCCAACAAGCUGUCCGAAUCGCCGCCAAAGGAAGCACCGACGCGUAUCGCGAGGUCUGGGACGCUGUCGAGGAGGCGAAAGUCGUCACACAUGGUGCCCACUCCUGUCCCCGCUGACGCUGGCGUCAGUCGUCCGUUCAAUGUACAGCACGAGCUCCACAUCACAGCCGAUCUUGAUGGCCUUCCACAGGAAUGGCUACAGAGCUUGAAGAUCCAAGGGUUAUCUGAGCAGGACUUGCUGUUGAUUACGGCGGCUCAGAGGCGGCAACGGGCCGUAGCCCUCACGCCGAUCCGUCCAGUCACACCGGGAAGUAUGACCAGAGUGGCGUCUCCGUCGCCUGUGCCUCCUCCAGGUGUGACGCCUCCAGUUGUGACGGUCACUGCGAGCCCGGCGCAGGUGGCAUUCCCAGACGACCUGCCAAGACCAAAAUCUCAGCGGACAUCUGUAACCUCGCCCAACACGCCCACGGAUGGGGAUAGCAGCAGCGCUUCGCGCCGUGAAUCGCGCCGCGAGUCCGCAGCGCCGAGCCGAUCAGAUUCACGUCGGACCAGACGACAUACCUUUAUCGACGGCACGUCGCUCCAACGAUCCUCGAGCAUCAUUUCAAAGCUGCUCAGCGACCUGGAUUCGAUCAGCACGCGGCCGUCGAGACCAGUUACCGUGGUCACUGAUACCCUGUCGCCGCCGAUGGCCGGUCGCCCUAUGAGUGGCCAGACGCUCCAGACGAUCAGUGAUGGCGUAUCGGGUUCAGCUCGAUCUUCAAUCGCUGAAAGCCUGCACGCGCUCACUCGCCGACUGUCAGACGACCUCGCUGGAUUCCGCAACAUUGAUGUUGGCGCCGGUGAAGAGAACUGGGCUGCGAGCAUCCUCGCUGCUUGGGACGUCGACAAGGCGCUUCAGCUCUCGCCAGUUCCGGAGCAGGCGAGGACGUCGUUGCAUGUGCCACCGGCGAUCCAUGUCCCAGACUACGUCUCGCAGCCGUCUCUCAGUGUCGAGCAUGAGUGCGAGGAGACCGAGUCGGUCAGUGCUGCCGUUCACGCCGGCACGACGCCAUCGCCAAGCCCACUCCCCACACCUCUUCUCAAGGGCGGGUUCACCGUCGCCUCCAUUCCCAUGGCGCCAAUGUCCAGGCUCUAUCCAGAAGACUCGGCCAGCAGCGAGGACGAUGCCGCGGACGUAGCCGAUGAGAGCGAGGUCGCUGGAACGGACGCGGGCUUUGAGACGACCGAUGACCACCAGAGCACCGAUGACGACGACGAUGAAGAGCCAGUCCAUCUGCGGCGGCGCAGCAGGUCAUUCGACUGGACCGUCAUCAACCGCGCCAGCACGUUCACGCCGCUCCCCCCGCCCCCUCCGCGGCAUGUUAUCCGCUCGCCAACACCCCAGUCCUCGGUCAAUGGCCACGUCUCGCCGCCGCGCAAGAUCACGGGCUUGCACCUCGGCUCGAACAAGCGCAAGUCUGUCGACUCGUUCGGCGUUCUCCCCUCUGCGUCGGCCUACUCUGAGCAGUCGCGCCGCUCGCUCGACGACUCGCCAGGGACGCCAAGCUCCGAGCUGGCACCUGGCUCGGCUUCUACCGAUAAUGGUGCCGAGGAGGGCGACGAGUCGGAACUGCAGGACUCGUCCGAGGUAUCCUCGUCGAACGCGAUGCACGUGCGCGUUGAGGCUGGCUCGCAUACGCGCAACGCACCCUCACUCGGGGUCGUCGCUCGCGAGAUCGAAGCCUUCCGCCCCGGUCACCCGUUCGUCUCUCGCUCCAGAAGCAACACGUUCGAGACACAAGAAAGCGGCCACUCGACCCUCUCGAGCGAGUACUUCAAGCGAUACCCGCUCCAGGCGCAGCGUAUCCAGCCGCAGCCGGCCGCCGGGCGCUCGGGCCAGAGCUUCCCCGCUUCGGGCAGCUCGUCGGACCACAACUCGAGCUUCCCCGUGUCGGCCGUGAGCGUGCCGGUGUCCCCGACAGCCGAAGGCAGCAGCAAUAACGGCCACGCAACGGCGCACCCGUUCUUCACGGCGUGGAACCCUACGGGCUUUGGAUCGAGUUCGCUCCCCAAGAUGUCGGCGCUCGGCCUGUGCCUCACCCUCGAGGAGCCGUCGACGCCAGUGCAGGCCACGGACCCCGCAGUGGCGACGGAGACUGCCCACGACACGACCAACGAGGAAUCACGUAUCAGCGUGUUCAGUUCCGCGACGAACUCGGCCUACUCGCUCCACGAGGCGACAGUGCAGCGGGCGUGGCCUGGCGUUCUGCGUCGUGUCAAUGAAAGCCUCGAGCACUGCAGGAACGAGAGUGAGAGCGGGUCGAGCAACGAGACCAUCAACGCGCUCGGUGCCUUGGAGGAGGCUGCGUGGCGCAUGUCCAUAUCCCAGGGGAGAUAG